UGAGAGUUAAACACAGGCACUUUACAGCACCUGAAGGACUCCAGCUACAGACAAGAUUUGGGAAUUUCACUACAAAGCCGUCUCAUCCCAUGAGACUUGUCACAUCAUGAGAUCAUGCAGCCGAUUCCUACUGGUUUACCUACUGGGGAGCUGCUUAGGGGCAGCAAGUGCACAAAGCAAUGCAACCUGCACUACUGUCGAAACAUGUGGUCAGGUGCCAGAUCCGACCUCUCACUUCCUCCAGUGUGUGGGAUUGCCUUCGAAUGACACAGGGAGAGAUCACAUGCGGAGGCUGAAAGGAAUGCUUGAAGCGACGAUGGAUGUGUACACCUUCAUGAGGUCCAGCAUGACAGGAGUGCCACUUCUCAGCCUGCAGGGGGCCCUGGAAUUAAACCCCGGAGCAGACCCCCUUCAGAACGAAGCCCUGGUCCAGAUGUGGAUGGAGGUCACGAUAAAACCGCUGCUGAAAUCUAUCAACAAACACUUCCUGUCCUGCCUCAGCACAAAGACCUUCAGCUGCUCCACCUACCAGACUGUGGUGAGGGAGCUCAGCCACCAUUAUUCUGAGAUGAAUCCAGUCAGACAAAAGUGGAUCUACACAUUCUUUAUGUACCCCUUUCUGUCUGGAGACAGAGUAGCUGGUUGUGUGAGUCCACAGGAGAGCAGUGAGGAGUGGUUGCUGAAGAAUUUUGGUGCCUUCAGAGCCAUGGCCCGAAUGAGGGAUUUUUCAACACUUAACAUGGUCUUCAGCGGAUUGGAGGUUCUGAACCUGCUGUCUCCAGCACAGAAAGCCGAGCUGCUGCUGAUGCCUGAGGUUGCAGGUUUAGACAACGGCACCCUAAGCCUGGUCUUCCACAGUUUGUUGACAGGGGGCUCUGGCCCUCCACCCACCGCCAGCCCUGGUGGUGACCAAAACUGGACCUUUCCUGGUGGUGACCAACAUUUGACCUAUCCUGGAGCUGACCAAAACUGGACCUUUCCUGGUGGUGACCAAAACUGGACCUUUCCUGGUGGUGACCAACAUUUGACAAGCCCUGGAUACCCUUCUACCUAUCGUCCAUAUCCCACAUAUGACCCAUACCCACCACCGUCCCCAAAGAACAGCCUCAGACAGGUUGUGAAUGGGUUCAUGAUGGCUUUUAAACCCAUUGGGAGCUUCGUUCAUAACUUUGUGUCCUUCACACAACAGAGGAACGUGUCAGAAAUAAGAAGCACCACUCUGACCCAGUUCCUGCUUAACUGGACUCUGGCUGAGCUGGCAGAGACGUACAAGCAACAAGAACCAUCUGUAGUUCCUGAAACGCCAACGUUUGACAUGACGAAUGUGGAGGAUUGGUACCAGUAUGUCGUGAUGCCGGUGUUACGAAGAUUCCUGCCGAAUGACGGGGCCCUCAUGCAUCAAAACAUCAUACUCGCCUUCCACCAAGUGUUCUAUCUGAAUAAUAGUAUGGACAACGACACCUCUGAAACUGUCAGUGAAGUCCAGGAUGUCUGUAGCAUCACUCUGGAUAAGAAGCCUUGCGGGCUGACUGAUGCGGUGGAAAAUGUGGCCCAUGUUUUGCACUGCGCUGCUCGUAGCAACCUGACAAUAUCCGAGAAGACGGUCAUGAGAUUGAUUGAAGAGCUGACAGAACGUCUGAACUCACUGAUCAAAGAGUUGUCAACAGCAAACUUCAAAGAGGUGGCGUCCGACUUUCAGCAGAUCUUUGGCGAGGCGGAGUCUCCGUCUCUGACCCAAGAACAUCUGGAUGAUCCGGACUUCAUCAAGCUCUGGUUUCAGAUCAAACUGGUGCCUCUUCUGCCUUACGUCCCCAUAGACAUUCUGUCCUGCCUCAGCACCAAGAACUUCUCCUGCCCAGUUUUCCACACCCUUGUGGCAGAAUUCGGCAAACAUGAGCCUUCAGUGUAUCCUAAUUAUUACAUCUAUCAGUUGUUCAUCUAUCCCUUCCUGCUGCAUGACCGAACCCCGGUACCCCGGUGUAUCUCCUCCAAUCAAAGUGCAUGGCUGCUAAACAACUUUGGUGUCUACUCAAGUAUCAUCCCCAUCACUGACUUCUACAAGCUCAACUCUAACUUCUCUGGACUGGAGGUUCUUCCACUCUUGUCUCCAAGUCAGAUAGCAGACUUGCUGAUUUGGCCUCUUCCUACUCCACCUGAGAAAGACGUUGUUAUUGACCGAGUAUUUGACUUCCUAUUGGAGUCUCCUGAAUACAUGAAACUUCCAGAUGUCCUGAGCAGCCUCCGCCAAAACGCCUAUAAGAUACCCUGUGAUGUCUUCAAACACAUCUUUGAAAGAUUGUACGGAGCCAUACCACUUCUGCCACGAGAUUUGGAACCAGUCAUCUGGGAUAAUAUAAAUAUGCUGAUAAACAAAGCACCAGAUCCAUCAUGCGUGCCAGAGAAUGUCAAGUGCCCAAUAACCCAGUACAAUGGUUCUGAAGUCUGCAGAGGAGUUAACAGCUCUGACCUGAACUCUUACCUAAACACAUCUAUGGAAGUUCCCUGCAAUUUUGCCUUGGAGACAUAUGCAUGUGCACAGCUGGAGAACUUCACAGCCAAUCAGCUGGUGUCUCUUAUAGAAUGUAACCUGCCUGGAAACAGCAAGUACUCCAAAGUGCUGUGGAAGAUGCUGCUGACGAAGUUAUCAUUUGUCUUGGACCCAGCUCUGGACAUGCUGGCUAACAUGCCCAUGGCCACGGUUGGUCCAUCGGCGUCUCAGAUUUUGGAUGUGAUUGGGGAGAUGAGAGUGUCACUGCUGACUGAUGAGCAGCUGAUGAACAGCAGUGUCAUCGCGAAGUGGUUCUCUGGCCGUCUGAGCAAGUUCCUGCCACCUGAAUCAGGAAGCUUCCUGCACUGUAUGAGCAGCAGAAACCUCAGCUGUGCUUCAUACCAGCAAAUACUGCAGGAACUGAUCCGCAAUUUUAAUACCUUAACUGGAAAUCAACGGCUUGGGGUCUUCAAAGAUUUCGUCCUCCGUUUCCUGUCGCAGCCAAACUCAGGUUCAGGCUGUGGGUCUGUUGCCAACGGCAGUGCAGAGUGGCUAAUGAAGAAUCUGGGUCCAUUUUCUGAGUUUUUGUCCCUUAAACAGCUGCUUGAUCUCAACCCAUACUUCAACCCUCUAGAGGCCCUACAACUCCUUACUCCGGUACAGGAUGCAGAGCUGGUGUUGUCUUUUCCUACUUCUGUAGAGAAAGACGUCAUCAUAAAUAUGGUUUUUGAUUACCUGACUAAGUCUCCUGAUGAGAUGAACUUUCGCUUGUUCCUUGGCUACCUUGUCUAUUACCAUUACCAGGGAAAACUACCCUGUUCAUCAUACAAACUACUGUUUGCCAGAAUGGACUUGGCCAUUCCUAAAGUUUCUCUUGCUGCAGCUUCAGUCAUCGAGUUCACCAAGAAGCAGUUAUUGUUGCUCAAACCACCAAGUUGCCUCAUAUACACUUCACAGUGCAAUGUUACCAUGACAAAUGAAGCAGACAUUUGUGUUGGAGUGAACAGCACAAUGCUGCAGCUCGACCUCAGUGGAGGGAUGACCGAACAUGUCUGUGACUUUGCUGUUGAGGAAUUUGCCUGUACCUCGCUGUCAACGCUGCAAGCAGCAGAUCUGGCGGCGGUGUUGGCGUGUAAUCGCUCCUCCAACUCCAGCGGUUCGAGACCCGCCUGGAAGCUUCUCCUCUCCAAAGCCUCAAAUGUGCUGGAUGCAGCUCUGGAUCUUCUAACCAGCACGACUCUGGACCCCAGCAAUCCUGCAGUUUCAGUGAUUUUAGACUCUAUCCGAGAAAUCCGAUUGGACACAUUCAGCACGGCCAGCCUCAACAAUCUCGCCUUCAUCCAGCUGUGGUUCAAUCAGCGGCUUCGCCCAUUCCUGCCCGCUGUUUCCCCCGAUUUCCUCUCAUGUCUCAGCAUGAAGGGGUUGGACUGCAGCACCUAUCAGUAUAUGGUUCAGAUUUUGAGCAGUGUCCAGCCGCGCAUGACACUCACCAGGCAGAUUUAUGUCUACACACACUUCAUCAAGGCUUACCUGACCUCGAAUAACACAGACUCCAGCUGCAGCUCAAACACUAGCAACAGUGGAGAGUGGCUGCAGAAGAACUUUGGAGGUUUCUCUGUCUUCCCGUCCUUCCAGGACCUGCAGAUGAUUUAUCCCAACUUUAGAGCGAUGGAAGCCUUACCGCAGCUGACCAUCAGACAGCUGGCUGACGUGUCCGCCACACCCAACCAGCUCACCUCUCCUAACCAGGUUGCCAUGGUGAUGCAAUAUAUACCCAGCCAAUUCCUGGUUGACUUCUUUGAUGACUUCUCACCUGCUAUCCUGGGUCAUGAAGACAUGUUACCCAUUGUGGUGAGGUCAGCCAUGUUACAAGUUGUGUUUGAUCGGGCAAACCUCUCAGAUCCCGCGGUGGGUGAUUCAGUUGUGUUGCUGUGGCUCCAAAAACGACUGCCCCCCCUGCUGGUCGACCUGUCACCGCAGAAUGUCGCGCCAUUCUUCCAAAUACUGGCGGGAAGAAACUGCAGUAUCGAGCAGCAGGGAGUCGAAUCCCUGAAUUCAACAAUCUCCUCUCUCAGUGAUGUUACACAGAAAGAAAUCUACAACAACGUCGUUCAGAUUCUCACAGAACCGAUACCUCUGCAGUGCUACGGUGACAACUACAACCGCAGUUUCUACAGUUUCCUGGAGAGCUCAUUCAUGGGAUUCCAGUUUCCUAACGUCACCACCUUCCUGUCCCUCAUGCCCUACGACAGGGUGCAUCAGCUGGUGAACUCCAUACCUCCAUCAGAUCUUGCAGAUUUUCUCCGUCGCCCUGACGUUGUCGACAAUGAUGCAGAGCUCUGUGUGAUCUACAGCAACUAUGUCCAGACACCGAUGUUCCUAGAGACCGAGUCUCUCCCGGAGGUGGUGCGGCGGCCCACCCUGCCUUGCGUCUGGCCCAUGGCGCUCAGCAACUCCGACAGGUCAGAGGUCAACGCCUGGUUUGACCGACGCCUCCCCAACUAUUUGGGCUUCCUCACAAAGAGUCUGAUCAGCCCCAAUAUCACACACAACUCCUCCUGCCUGGCCUUCCAAAAGCUCGUUUCAGUCCUUGGGGAAUACAACUACACCGUUGCAGACUUUACGAGGCAAGAUGUGUUCAACACCAUCAGAGCAUACCUCAUCUCAGCGACGGUGCCAAGGUGUUAUGACCCCAGCGACCCGGAACUGAACUCCACAGCCUGGUUUGCUGAGUACAUCGGCCCUUUCAUGCCUUUCCUCACUCUGGAGGAUCUUCAGACGUUUGGAUCUGCGCAGGUUAUCCAGGUGUUCACAGUGAACCCUCUGAACAUCGCUCUCCUCCAACAGUCCGGUUUACCUCUCAACCUCACCAACUACUACACCCAGCUCAUUUAUCAACAGGACAGCAACUUCGACCCAUUACUACUUCCUCUGUUGUGGCGGUGUGUUGCUCCUGGUCCAGCAUUCAGCCAGCUAACAUCAGAAGAAAGUAUGAUAGUUCUACAGAACCUGACCACUCUCUGUACAGCCCUGAACCCACAGGUUGCAGCAGCUUUGGCAGGUAACUUUGGUGACAACAUCAAUGCUGCGGCCAUUACUGCCCUCGGCAGCCAAAGCAUCGGCCUGUCCACCAGUCAGAUCAAGAUGAUAAAGCCUGAUGAUCUAUAUGCCGCCCUCUUCACUCUCUGCAGUGUUAGAGGCUGGAAUGAAGGCCAGGCCAGGGUCAUCAUCCUGUCUCUGAUGUCUUCGGGGCUUAUGAAGAUCAACAGCUCAUCAACGUUGUUCAUGCUGGGCUCUCUUGUGGUCGGUGUUCCUGCGGAAACUUUCGGCAGCAUCAGCGGCUCCCAGCUCCUUACUUCAUCCAAAAAUCCUUCAUUCCUGGGAUACAUGCUGUCCGCUCCACAGAUCGUCCAGCAGAUCUUUGUGACUCAGAUUGUAUCAGUGAACAGCAACAGUGACACGAUCAUACAGAACGUUCCAGAUGAAAUGGCCACUCAGAUCCCUCGUGCUCAGCUGCUGGGCUUCUCAAAUAACGGCAACGUUAUCACCAAACUCAACCAGAAGACAUGGAAACGGCAGCAGGUUGAGUUGUUCUUUGAAAUAAUUGCUGUGGAAUCUGCGACCGCAGUGCUGGGAAGUCCAAACAACUUGUCAUCCUCUGUGCUGCAAGGGUUCACGUGCACCGGAGUGAGGAAUGUUGAAAAGGUGCAGAUCAAAAAGCUGAUUAAAGCCUGCCGGAGGAAAGGCAGGAACAAGGUCCUAUUGGUCGAGACUCAGUUGACCUGCAUGUAUAACUACAUUAAAAAUGACUCAGAUGCCACCAGCUUCGACCUCUAUCCUCCUGACAUGCUGCUGUACUAUGAUUACUCCCUGGUGCCACAGGCCAGCUGCAGGUUCUAUUUUCAACAGCUGGCAGAAGCACACUUCUCCGUCUUCUCCUCCGCCCUCAGCUACAAACUGACCGCUCUGUUUGCUAAUGCCAGGAGCUGCCUGGGUAUAACAAACACGACAUUGACUGCGGAUAAUAUAUCGGUGUUGGGAAACAUGUGCUGCACUCUGGAUGCUACCUACAUCGUGAACUCUGACCCGUCCAUCUUGGAAAAACUCAAGAACUGCCCGGACCUCACCAACGCUCAGGCGGCUGCUGUUGAAGCUCUACUGCAGAGCGGGAAAACACAGUACGGAGCUCCAUCAACAUGGGACUACCAGACUCUGAAGGACCUCGGGAUGUUACCGCUGUAUUUGACCUCAACCUUCUACAGUAACUUUUACAAAAAAACAAAGCAGAGGUUCUUGGAGUACUUCCUCAAAGUUAUCGCGAGCAACGGAGUGGACACACAGAAGAAGGGGAGAAUGAUGGAAGAAAUAAGAAAGUCCAAUAGAAACCAAGUCAAGUCAAAGCGAUCUAUCGUAAACGGGUGCACUGUUGGAACGAUCACCCAGGUGACCAUCAGUGAUGAGACGUUCCCCUUCAACUAUGACGACAUAACUCAGUUCAACUGCUGCCUCAGCGCCUCGACCGUUAAGGACAACUUGGCAGCCAUCACUAUGAAGGUGGACCAGGUUGAAUACCUCCAGAUUGUUCUCAGCAAGUUGCGAGAGGCUUACGCUGCCAACUCCACUAUCCCAGAAGAUCAGGUUCAGGUCCUAGGCCCAGCGUCCCGUGUGGCGUCCAUUAGUGACAUCAACCUGUGGACUAUCACUCAGAUCGACACACUCUCUGCUUUGAUGGACCCGUCCAACGGGCCGUGGGACCCGAGCCUGGCUAAGGCCAUAAUCUCUAAGUAUCUGAGUAACAAAGGGAACAAACUGGGCAGUGCUGAGCUCAACGCCAUCGGAGGAGCCAACCUUUGCUCCCUGGACGUCGAAGUUUUGAAGAACAUUUCCCAACAAAGCCUUAAAGAGGCCAACGCCCUGACGGUGUCCAACUGCACCACGGAGAAAAAGAAAGUACUGUUCACCAUCGCCACACAAGCAUUUGCCACAAUGACCCGCUCAACUGUCCCCGUUUCCUCCUACCAGCUCACACAACCUUUCAUUGGGGGUGCACCUCUAGACUAUGUCCGAAGUUUGGUGCCCUCCAACAUCAACAUGGACAUGGCUACCUUCACCAGUCUGGAUGCGAACGUUGUACUGAACCUGACUGUUAGAGACGUCCAAGGUCUGCUUGGCUCCAACGUGGCCGAUUUAAAGUCCUAUGAAAACCAAACGCUGGUACAGAACUGGAUCACCAGGCAGUCCCAGACAGAGCUCAACACACUGGGAGUGGGGCUUGUGGGAGGCAGAGUUGACUCUACAGCCAUCACCAACUCUUCGACCACCGGUUCCCCAACCAUCACCAACUCUCUGACAACCACCAGCGGCUCCCCAACCAUCACCAACUCUCCGACCACCGGCUCCACAACCAUCAGCUCCACUACUAAAACCACCGUUCGCCCCACCACCACAGGUAACAAUGGUGCCCGCAUCCGAACAGAUGGCGGCUUCUCCUUCCUUGUUCUCGCGUUCCUCAUCGCUUCUCUUGUAUGAAGAAACACAUUUCUGAUUAUUGUAGUUGAUAUAUAUCUGCUAAUAGAAGGAAAUGGUGUGGUCUCGUGCUGCAUUGCUGCAUUGCUUACUAUAAAGAAAAUAUGAAAUGUGCAAUAACAAUACAUUAGAUGUAAAUAAUGUAUUCUUGAUUAGUGGAUCCUUCAGCAGCAAGUAUGCUCUGAAACCUUUUUACACUGUGCUUUUAGGCUCAUAUUUAUACUUUAUUUUGUGUUUUUUCCCCCCCUUGUGGUUCAGUUGUUUUAAUUAUUAAAAUUAAGGUUUAACAGAAAAUGAAGGUUACAGUUUGUGUUGCUGUGUAACUUUUAGAUAGCACUUUCUUCAGGCUUACCUUGAAAAUGAACAUCGUGCCUGGAGCUGUAUGAGAUUAUCAAUAAAUGCAUAUUUUAUAUCA